CCCUGGGCGUGCGCUCGCCUUCAGUUGAACCAGCCAUGGCUGGGGAAAUAGUCUAUGCUGAUUUAAACAUCCGUGGAGAUUCGUCCCUCAUCAGUCGACCCCAACCUCCUCAUCAUCUCAAACGCCAUCACUUUCCCCGCUGCUGUCAGAUGGCUCAGAGGGUCAGCUGGGCUGCAAACAUCGUCCUGCUGGGAGCUAUGAUGGCCCUGAGCAUCUGGGUUUUUCAGGGCCCCUGUCAUAAAGCAGAAACCGGAGCAGCCUCCGUGACCCCCGAGAGCGACAGGGUCACCGGGAGAAAUGGACAUGGUACAGACUGCAACUCUAGCUUGGUGUCUCACCUAAGACAGCAUCUGUGUGACUCCCCCCGGAGUAGCUCAGCAGAGGCUCCCGGGUGUAGACUCUGUCCCCUGAACUGGCUGCUGCAUGGGGACAAGUGCUACUGGUUUUCUAAAGACAGCAAAAACUGGAAUGAGAGUUGUGACGACUGCUCGGUGAAGAGCUCUCGAAUGCUCGUGAUCCAGGACCAGCAUGAGAUGGCAUUCAUAAAUAACCUCACAGAGGGGAAAUACCCUAUUUGGAUUGGACUGUACCUGACAACCUCCAAGGGAAACUGGACAUGGGUGGAUGGUUCCCUGUUAAAUCAAACAGGGAUCUCACUAUCGGCCCCUGACACUGGAAACAGCUGUGGGGUGUGGAAAGAGAAUCAGAUUCGUGGUGAAAUCUGCAGAGGUACCUUUAAAUGGAUUUGCCAGAGAGAAGCUGUCCUGAUAUAAAUGGCAUUAACGGAGGCCCUAUUUGAUUAAGGGACACACAGGACUAAGGUUCGGGCUUUGGGUAAAGUUCUCAAAGGUGGAGGGCCGUCGCUGGGCCCGGGAAAAUGCCACCCUCCACUCUGUCAGUGCUGGGACGCUUUAGAAAUACACAAGAGAAAGAUUUCAGAGUAGCAGCCGUGUUAGUCUGUAUUCA